ACAUGAUCCGACCUGGCAGUUUUUCACUUCCAUCAAGUUGCACGAAGCUUUGGGUGUGUGUACAUUUUUCGCAUCCAAUUGCGAGUCGUAAAAUCGAUUUUUGAUAAUUUUUGCGGAAUUUUCCGCACAUUGCAACCGGCCAAGUUUCGUUCUUCCAACCAUGGGUCGCUCGCGGUCGCGCAGUCGGUCGCCCAAAAAGCACAAAAGCAAGCACCGCAAACGAAGCAAAUCUCGCUCGUCGUCCCAUCAUCACCGCAGCAGUUACGAUAAAUACAGAGAACGCAGCUCAAAAUCCAGGAAACGAUCGCUAUCCGAAUCCUCCGACAGUAGCAGCGAUGGAUCAAACAGUGGCUCCCGGCAUCAUCACAAAAAGAGCUCCCGUAGCCGGAAGCUAACGGAGGUAGAACGUUUAGCCGAAAUGGAACGCCAGAGAAGGCAGAAGGAAGCCGAACAAAAGAUGAUCGAAGAGGAAGCAGCAAAACGGAUAGAGCUGUUAGUCAAGAAACGUGUCGAAGAAGAGUUAGAAAAGCGAAAAGAUGAAAUCGAGAUGGAGGUGCAGCGGCGCGUUGAAGCUGCCAAGAAACAGAUGGAGCAGGAGAUGAUGCUCGAGCUGGAAAAGCGCAGGGAGCAGGCACGGGAAGAGGAGCGACGGCGUGAGGAGGAAGAGCUUAAAAAGCGCCAGGAACUCGAGAAUAUUCUCGCUGAGAAUAAUCGCAAAAUAGAGGAGGCACAGCGAAAGUUGGCCGAAGAUCGUCUUGCGAUUAUCGAAGAGCAAAGAAAGAUGGACGAAGAGCGUCAAAAGAUGCGCAAAGAGCAAGAGAAACGCAUCAAAGAAGAACAAAAGAUGAUCCUGGGCAAGAACAAUUCGAGACCCAAACUGUCAUUCUCAUUGAAACCGGGUGUAUCGUAAAUGAGUGGAUAAAAGUGUCGUGAUCGCGAGUGUCAAUGGUUAGUUGCUCCGUAACCAUCCAUCAUAUCUUUCACGGGGUUUAAGGAAAACAAAAAUCUUCCCGCCCACAAACCCGUUCACAAUCCUUCCUGUUUCCUCUGUUUUCUAUGGCGCUACGUUUUCACUUUCCACUGUGUGUCAUCAUCCCAUGUAAGCAGUAGAAUGUAAGAAUUUUGCUAGGAUGUCUUUGAAAGCAAGUCAUUUAGGCAAUCCUUAAACCUAACGUAAGCAUUGGCAGCAAUAGCUACCAGUUUCACAUCGGGGGAAAUGUAUCUAACGUUCCUUGUUCCAAAGGAAUCACUGUUGCGAUAUUAUUCUUCUUUCACUAAUUAUGAUCUACUGAAUUAUGCUUGUUCUUGACUGGUUUAUAAAAUGUACGUUGAUCACACAGUCCGACGGUCAGUUCUUGCAUUAAUGCCGUUUUUCAGGUAAUGACGAAAGUGAUAAUCAUUUUCUGAAUGUGCGUGCAUUUUUUUGUAGACUCUGCUAAAUAAACAGGUUUCUGUUCUACUUUGCAGAACAUGUAGAACACACUGUACCGCACACAAAAUAGUAUGUGCGAUAAAAAAGUGUUUAAAAAAAAUAUGGAUAAAAUCGCGUAUCGCGAAAGGUGAUUUCUUCCAAUUUUUAAACGAUCACUUUUUAUUCACCUUUUAUUGAGCUAUUGGUCUGUGUUGCCAUGUGUUGUAACUAUUUGUAGAAAAAACAUGUUUUUUUUAUUUGUUGGCAUUAGUUGUUUGUCUGUGGGCAACUGAGCUUAACCAACAUUGAAUGUAAUAUUUGUUGAAUGUUUUUCUUCGUGUUUGCUGACAAAUUCGGUAUAACACUUUGAACGGCAUGAACAUGAAUUUUUAUGUGCUGUAUUUUUUUUAUUACUGUGUCUUGGUUUGAAACCGUUUUUUAUCAAGACAAAUGCAUUAAACUCUAGUUUAAACAAUACAAAAGAAAGAAUUUGUACAGACCCUAUCGAAUCGAUCGCAAUCUUUUGCAAGGCAAUAAUGACGCGCAUUAUGGAAAUUUCGAGCAGUGAAACAGAAUAACAUGAAUCAAAUAAUAAACUUCGGAGAAAGGUUUUCCCCUCAUUUACUAAAAAAAAGAUAGGAUAGUUAUUAACAAAAGUUUAAA